AUGACGCCAAAGGAGCAGUCCUUGUACGGUCAGAUGCCUGUCGAAUACGCGGCUGGGGAAGAGGAGGAAACCUACCUGCAGAUGAUGAAUGAUCUCGCUGAGGAGGAAUGCAGUUUAGGUCCUCAGCAGUCCCAGCAUUCGCAUACAAAAGGCAUUUCUGGCAAUCAGAACCAGAAGAAGGGUGUUACGAAGGCUCAAGGAUCCAACAAGGAGAAGAAGCCAAAGCACAAGGUGAAACGCCAGACGCGUUUUGAAAACGGCCGACUCGAAUUUCUUCAAGACCCUGACGCACUGGUUCAGCAAUGGGAGCCUGCUGUCCGCAUGGAUGAUUGCAGACGUGAGCUGAUAGAUCAGCAAAAUCGUCUCGCGGCCCAACUAGGGAUGAGCUAUCGUGAUCCAGAUCCGGUAGGCACAGGAAAAGAUGACGAGACCGCUUUCAAGAUCGAGCACGCAGACUGGGACUCAGAUCGCGCGCAUCUUCCAGGGAUCUGCUGGCGUUAUAACGAAGACGAGGAUAACAAUCCCCGGCCUAGCGAUAACCCGGGGUACAUGCGGUUCAAAGGCAUGAUCGUUCUUGAUUCAAAUGACAGCCCUGUCAAGGAUUGGCCUCAGCUUCCCGUAACGCUCUCCUCGAAGAUUCGAGGGUACAGACUCGAGAUAAUGUCCAGGGAGAAUCCCCAUCUUGAGUAUAAGGAUUUCAUAGCUCGCAUGCCGAGUGUGAUUGAGAAGACCAAGAAAGACAAGGACACGGGAGAGACCGAGGUGGUAGUCGAAGCGCCAGAUCCUAACGUGGUGUGCAACAUGCGCAUGUUGCGGUUUCGAAGAGACAAGGGCCUCCUUAGCUGGACCGAAAAGGGUAAUACUAAGGUCAUCGGAGAAGGCUUGGAAAAGCUUUUUGGAGAUAGAUUGCACAACAAUUCGAUGCAAUCUUUCGGAAGAGAUCUGACGCCACAAGAGCAGAUGGAGAUCAGAAAAGGAAAGAACGCACAGUUUCCAAAGCAAAACGCAGCUGGUGGCUCCCCAACUCAGGUAGCGACUAAGAAGAGAAAGACCAGGGGUGAUACAAAGACUCCAAAGGGACAGAGCAAGGCCUUGAUUCCAGAAGCCCCGCGACAAAAGCGUCCCCGUGAAGACGACGAAGAUCUCGACUCCUCUGACGAUCAGAAUCUGGGACAGGCCACGGCAGCUUCAUACCGCAAGCGACGUCGUAAUGCUAGAGGGGAAGUAUCCAAGCCUACGAUAAACCUCGACACCGACCAGGCUCUAUCGGCGGCGGGAAUAGCGCCGAAAAAUAUCGAAGUUGGAUCAAAUCAAAGGCAGCGUGCUUCAAACCAUCUUUCUGACGGGUCCUACGGUGAUGAAAGCGAUGAACAUCUCUUGGAAGACCAAGACCAAGACGGUGGACAGUACGAGAGUAGGACAAAACGCCGUCCAAUUCGUCCUCUGCCGGCUAGGCAUGCUAGUGGAGGAGCCAAAACGGUUCCUCACUUCGAUUCUGCCCAAACACAGGAGCAAGAUUACGACCCUCGUGGGGAUAUUGGUUCCCAAGAAGACGCAACAGACGAGAAUGCAGACGAUGACAUGACUGACGUUGACGAUCUGGCGGAUGACCUCAACAGCGGAGAAGCUAACGGAUCCGUUGAAGACCUAGUGGAGGAAGAUGUCGAAGAGGAUGUCACGCCCGUCAUACGCCAAGAGACGGACUUGGAGCGGCAUCGGAGACUGACGAGGGAAUUACUAGGGGAAGAGGACGACUUCUUUUUCAGACCCGAAUCGAAUCGUCUGUGGAGUGCUCCACUCUUUAUCCCUUCCCAUCAUACGGAGUGA